AUGUCCGGUUCCAUCGCCGAUUCCGAGUAUUCUCGUGUCAUCGAAGAGAUUUUCCAAAGAAUUCGCGCCACUGGUGAUACCGUAGGGAAUCGUGCUCUGUUUCUCGAAUGGAUCGAUAUCUUCCAACGUCCUGGACAUGUCGUAGCCAGUAAAUCAUUCAAAGCGCUGGCUGAGAUGAAGAAAGAAUCAGUUACUAGUCAAGGUGAAACCGAAAUUUGCGCAGUGUGCUACGACAAGCUGUGCAAUCCAGUAGACUUGCCAGAAACAUUCGUUCUCCAUGCAGAAUACAAAAUUGAUAAGGAUGAAUUCAAAAACUCGGUGACAAUAAUGCCAUGUAACCAUCGGUUUCAUUUUCUGUGCCUUGUUAUGUGGCUGGACCAGUCUCAGACAUGCCCAACGUGCCGGAAUCCAGUCAAAAGUGACAGUCAAUACGACAAAGAUCAACAACAAGCACGUGUCGACGAACUUCACAACUCCAUGUAUUCCUGA